AUGGAUACCUUGGCCUCAUCUCUGGCGAUUGAAGAAAGAACCUACCCCGCCAACUCCGCCGAAAGUGUGAGCGCGUACAUUGCGGGACUCUUUUGUGUUGUUGAUGUUUUGUCGACGGAGGCCAACUUUGGAUACGGCGACGAUCCAGCAAUGUCGUCGCUCGUGGUGUUGAGGGGCACUCUGCUGCCCCACAUGGAGGGGGACUCAAGAAGCUGCCCCACUUUAAGAAAAAGCUUCGGGAAAGGACGAGGCUCAACUAGGGGAUCAAUUGUCACCGGGAAAGUAUUCAAAAACCUAGAAAGCUCGACAUUCUGUUUUGAUGAGUGGAGUGCUUCGUCAAGCCAAGUUCUAGGUCUAGAGUGGAUCCCGAGCGGCACAUUGCAGUCCGGGCCAAGCAAAUUGCUCACAAUUGACGUGAUUUCAGAAUCCCAACAUCAUCCCACCAAGCUUCGUGUUCAAGUGCCAGCUCUAAUUCCUCGGCGACACCCGAUUCCACCAAUCCGCAACCCAAAAUCGCAGGUUCAGCUUGGCCGACAUGCCGGGACGAUGCUGGGCUUCCGGUCAAUGGCAGCCCAGCUGCGGGCCUGCCACUGCCGGGCGUGCCUGCGAUCAACAAACACGGCUGCACGACGGGUGACGACGGGGAGGACAAGCGCCGCGGGCAACCUGGGACGCCGCAAAGUUAUGGCUAGCGAUGUCUUCACCGCCUGCUAUACCGCCAUCAUGGCGACAGCCGCCGUAGUCGACGCUGGCCGGAAAGACAGGCGCAGACGCGAGCUCGAUAACAAGAUAGCCGAGGCGAGGAGCAGCUUGGCCGGGUUGUUCGAGGAAUCGGCCGGCCAGGACCUCGCAAAGGUCGCCGCGUUCCAGUACCCCGAUCUUCCUUACUCCGGACCGUUAGAAAAACUUGACGUGCUGGGCGAUAUUUGCAAGCUUGAAGCCGACUUUCUCCAGGACCUGCAACGGAAGCGUCGAGAUCGACACAAGACAGCCCAGAACGUGCGCGAGGGGCUCGGCCUAUCUUGGAACCCAGAGCUACCCGAUACGAGGAAGACAACGUUGGUUAGGUGCGAGGAGGUCAUCGCGGCCGAAAAGCAAUGGAAUCUCGAACGUCGGGAGCCUCAGACCGAAAUACACAUGGAGAAAGUGACCGAUAUGAUUACUGAUCUGGUGGAUCGACUUAUGGCAGAGGCUUGGUGGAUCACAGAGUUCGAAGCUCCCGGGUCGCACCCCUCUCUGUAUAGCCCAGACUCGGCCAACACCAUGAUUCGCAUGCUGCGUUCCGACGGCUACCCGAGCUACACUCACCCCGAUCUGGCCCCCAACGACACUGUGGUCCAGCGAGAGCGUCUGAACGAAGUUAACGUGCAGAUUCUAUCCGACUGGUCGCCGCCUUUCCGGGAACGUUAUGUUGCAAAAAUCUGCUACAACUUGCUCGUGUGCGGUGUUACCCCAGGCAUCCAAAAUUACAACAUGUUGAUUUUUGCCUUCUCGUUCAUUGGCGAGCACAACCUGUCACAGGCCGUGGUGGAUUCCUUCCUCUUUUUGAGCCACAUGAAACCGACAGAAGCAACAUGUCUCUGCUUAUUACACCACUACCGGCUGAAGGGGGACGUCGUCGGCUUCCAAAGCGUCAUCAAACGCAUGUUCGGUUACGACCCCCGCGGAAUAGGGUUGAUGCGGAGGACGGCCGACUACGUUGAACGGUCCCCUGAACUCCGGACCUGGGUCUUGACAAACGACGUUGCCGCGGUCAGCGGACACUUCGUCCAGCGCGCCCCUUUCACACAGGACGUGGCCGAAGCCAUCUUGGAGGGCUUGAUAGAUUUCGGCAUGUUCCGGGAGGGCGCAAAACUGGUUGGCGUCUGUCUCCGUGAGCAAUGGAAGCUCAGCAGAGAUUUGAUGUGGAGGCUGUUCCACUCUUGUCUCACGUUGCUUGACUCGGUCGCGGCCAAGAUGUUGAUCCGGGGGUUGCUUGACAACAUCGAUCAAACGUCGUUGAUGCUUCUUGGUCCCGAGGCUGUCGGACCCGGGAUCAUCCGACAACUACGUCACCUCCUCAACAUCGUGCAGGCGACGACGCUCCCAGGGUUUAGCAGUGUUGGACACACCAGCUUUCAGUCCGACAACUCGACGAGUAAAUCUGACAAAGCACGUCUCCAACACCUGGCGACGGCCAUCUGGAUAAGGGAGAUGUGGCACCACACCAGCAUGAUGGGCUGGUGGCUGAGACGGGCUGACAAAAAGCUCUUGGAUAAUGACAUACCCCUCAUCGAGCGGCUCGAUAUGGUUCUAUCUGUUCUCAACUUCGCGGCCGAGCGGCCGAAACGAAAGAUGGAGAAAUCGGUGCACAUCCAACGCAUAGCAAAGGUGGACUGGUUGAUGGCGCAAACGGUUUCGGCUGACUUCCACAUCCGGAGCGCAGAACACGCCAUCCUCAAGGACGUCGCUAAAAAGAUGCCGCGUCAAUUACGGACAUGGACGCACUAUAAACCUACGAUCGCUGUCGAAAAACGAAUCAACCGCGCCCUCUUGUAUGACACACCAGGGACGAUAGAACACAACGUGGCCUGGUGCUUUCACAUCAGCGCUGCGCUCGAUUAUGAGAUCAAGAGGGCACUGGUGUGGUCACUCCCAAAGAAAUAUGCCAAGAAGCUCGAGGAGACGCAAAACGAUUCGGGUGACGUCAGCCUGGUGAGAAUCGUGGCUUAUUAUCACCACUAUCUGGCUAGCAUGGAACACCAGGAAGCACAGGCAAAGAAAGUGACACCGAGACCGGACCCCUUUGCGAGGUUGCUCCAGGCUCUGCCAAAACGCAUGUUGUUUUGGACGAAGGAUACGGCGGCGGCGGGAGGGGCAGCGGGAACUCCCGCGUCACCACCGAAGCCCACCGAUUGGUGA